GGUGUUUUGAGAAGGACACGCCUCUUGUCUCCAGUCAUCCUAAAUCCAAUACCCCGACCGGAACGAUCCCGACAUAAUAUGAAAGCAUUUCUAAGGACAAGCAAAUGUUGUUUUCAGAUGAGGACACAACCUGAGACCUGGUGCAGGACAUAUAGCUCCAGCAUCCUCAUCCUCAUCUGAUUCCAGGAAUGACAUCUGGCCAGUGAUGCAGUGGACAGAAUGCAUGCAGCAUCAUUUGUCACACAGACAGUACUGUAAGGGGCAGCUCGAGGUGUAUUUGGCCAAAUAAAUCCGGCCUGUUAUUCGUUUAAUUACUCAUUCAUUAUUUUGUUAUUGGGAAUAUGUCAUUGCUCGCAUCAAGAGAUAGCCUACACAUGAAAUCGUGUUGGAAUUAUAAAUUAUAGGAAACGGACGCAACACGUUGUUGGCUGGUCGUCGGGAGCUCAAGGUGUCAUUCAGCCUUUAUUCAUGGGAUGACGUCUCAGCGUGUGUCCUGUCACAACUCCCCCUGCCCCAUCUCCUGUGUCCCUCUCGUCUGCCCAUCUGUGGGGUCCUGACGCCAACAGGGGCUCAUGAGACGCUUUGUGUACUGUAAGGUGGUGCUGACCACCUCUCUGGUCUGGGUGCUAGUGGACGUCUUCCUGCUGCUGUACUUCAGUGAGUGCAACAAAUGCGAUAGCAAGAAGGAACACUCACUCCUGCCUGCGCUCAGAGCGGUGAUGUCGCGCACCUACGAGGCUCCAGGUGAAAUGGGGAAGGCUGUGAUUAUUCCCAAAGAUGAGCAGGACAGAAUGAAAGAUCUCUUUAAGAUUAAUCAGUUCAACCUGAUGGCCAGUGACAUGAUCACGCUCAACAGGAGUCUGCCAGAUGUUCGGCUAGACGGCUGUAAGACGAAGACAUUCCCCGAUGAGCUUCCAAACACCAGCAUUGUGAUCGUGUUUCAUAAUGAGGCAUGGAGUACACUCCUAAGAACCGUACACAGCGCCAUAAACCGCUCGCCCAGACACCUGCUGCUUGAGAUACUACUGGUGGAUGAUGCCAGCGAGAGAGAUUUUCUAAAGAAGAAAUUGGAGGACUAUGUUGCAACUCUGGAGGUUCCAGUCCGGAUUUUGAGGAUGGAACAACGAUCCGGUUUGAUUCGAGCGCGGCUGAGGGGUGCAGCUGCCACGCGAGGUCAGGUCAUCACAUUUCUUGAUGCCCACUGUGAGUGCACUAUAGGCUGGCUAGAGCCACUGCUGGCCCGAAUCAAAGAGGACAGGAGGGCUGUGGUCUGCCCUAUCAUUGAUGUCAUCAGUGAUGAGACAUUUGAGUAUAUGGCUGGCUCAGAUAUGACCUACGGGGGAUUUAACUGGAAACUCAACUUCAGAUGGUAUCCAGUUCCUCAGAGAGAGAUGGACCGACGCAAGGGGGACCGGACCCUUCCUGUUAGAACUCCCACGAUGGCAGGAGGUCUGUUCUCAAUUGACCGAACUUAUUUUGAAGAGAUCGGCACUUAUGACUCAGGAAUGGACAUUUGGGGAGGGGAAAAUCUUGAAAUGUCUUUUAGGAUCUGGCAGUGUGGAGGAUCUCUAGAGAUAGUUACAUGUUCUCAUGUAGGGCAUGUAUUCCGGAAGGCCACACCAUACAGCUUCCCUGGUGGAACUGGUCAGGUGAUCAACAAGAACAACAGACGACUGGCUGAAGUCUGGAUGGACGAGUUCAAAGAUUUUUUCUACAUCAUCUCACCAGGUGUGGUUCGGGUGGAUUAUGGGGAUGUUUCAUCUCGGAAGGCCUUGAGGGAAACUCUGAAGUGUAAACCCUUCUCAUGGUACCUGGAGAACAUCUACCCUGAUUCUCAGAUUCCACGCAGAUAUUACUCACUCGGGGAGAUCAGAAAUGUUGAGACAAAUCAGUGUGUGGAUAACAUGGGCCGUAAAGAGAAUGAAAAGGUUGGCUUCUUCAACUGCCAUGGAAUGGGCGGCAACCAGGUGUUCUCAUAUACUGCUGAUAAAGAGAUCCGUACUGAUGACCUGUGUCUGGAUGCAUCGCGGCUUAAUGGACCUGUUGUUAUGCUGAAGUGCCACCACAUGAAAGGAAACCAGAUGUUUGAAUACGAUGCAGAGUAUGUUGGCAAAUGGGAGUAUGACUUUAAGAAACGCACCUUCCUCCACAUCAUCACCCAGUCGUGUCUAACCAUCAGUCGGCUGGAGGAUGGAACGUACGGCCCAACCGUGGAGUACUGUGAUGAUAGUCCCCUUCAGGCCUGGACCCUGCGCAACUUCACCAGACAGGAGGUCUUUAAGAAGCUCUACUACAGUCCAACUGAUUACUUUCUGUAAUUACCAGAACGUCCUGUUGAUGGCAGGUCAGUACUGAACGAGUCAGAAACCCAAUCCACAAAAAGACCUUAGAACAAUUCCUUUGAGGUGAUGAGUAUUUAGGUAGGCAACCCAUAGUUAUUAGAGUUGUCGUGGAGAAUGGUGUCCUUUUGACCACAUGCACAUAUUUGUUGAAAUAUUAGGCAUAUCUGUCUUGCAUAUGAUUCUGGAUUUAUUUUGAGUGUUAUUUUAUUUGGUCUGUCUAGAGUUUUUGAGCUUUGGACAUGUAAUGAUUUUAUGUAUGGACUGUGCAUUGGAAAUUUGAAAAGGCUACUGCUGAACUUUUUUCACCAGACAUUUGGAGAUCAUGAUGAGGGAUAUGUCUCAGUCAAUAUUCAAAUGAAAUUUUGACAAAAAUGGGUUUGAAAAGUGUAUGAUUCCUACAUCAGUAGUUAGUUACAUCAUUUCUUAGGCAAUCUCCGAUCAGCAGCUGUGGUUGCCAGAAAUUUACUGAAAAAAAAAAAAAAAAUGCAAGCAACAUUUUUGGUAUUACGGAUAGAAUUUAAAUUUACUGUAAAAAAAAAAAAAAAAACGUGGUAUCGAAUUUUAGUGCGAUGG